AUGACCUCCCGAGACGGAUAUCACUGGACCCCCGAGGUCGGACUCACGCAUGGUGUCCCCUCACUCGGUGUCAUAUCACCACCUACCAACAUAAAGAACACUGAUGGACCAUGGGACGUCAUCGUCAUUGGUGGCGGAUACUGCGGGUUAACCGCAACCAGGGACCUAACGGUCGCAGGCUUCAAAACCCUCCUCCUCGAAGCCAGAGACCGCAUAGGCGGCCGCUCCUGGUCCUCCAACAUCGACGGCUAUCCCUACGAGGUAUACUCCCCACCCAUCCCCACCUACCAACCCAACCCUAACCUCAUCCCAACUCCAGAUGGGCGGCACCUGGGUCCACUGACACCAAGCGCACUGAACCAUUUCCAACUUCGCACUAGCCCUAACACCUCCACCCCCACCUCCACAUACAUGACCCACGAAGCCGAAGACGAGUUACUCCGCACCGCUCUCCACAAACUCACCAACGUCGAUGGUGCCAACGGGCGAAUUAUCCUCCCUUUCCCGCACGAUAUGUUCCAUGUUCCCGAGUUUCAGAAAUACGAUAACAUGUCCUACGCGGACCGGAUCAAUCAAAUCCAGGAUGACCUGACCCCUAACGAGCGCGCCAGUCUCGAAGCAUUUAUCCUCCUCUGUUCCGGCGGGAAACUUGAGAAUAGCUCGUUCGGAGAAUUCCUCCAUUGGUGGGGCAUAAGCGGAUACACGUACCAAGGGUGCAUGGAUUGUUUGAUCAGUUAUAAGUUCCGCGAUGGUCAAAGUAACUUCGCCCGACAAUUUUGGAAUGAGGCGAUUAGUACGGGUCGCUUGGGAUAUGUGUUUGAUUGUCCGGUUGCGAGGGUAUCGGAUUCCGAUGAUGGAGUGAGAGUGACGGCGAGGGAUGGACGGGUGUAUGCUGCGAAACGCGUCAUCUGCACUAUACCUCUGAAUGUCCUCUCUGGUGUCCAGUUCUCGCCUCCGUUGUCGGAAACCCGGGCUUUGGCUGCGAGGAAUGGCCAUGUGAAUAUGUGCACGAAGGUUCAUGCCGAAGUGGAUAAUAAAGCUAUGCGGUCUUGGACGGGGAUUACGUAUCCGUUAAAUAAGCUGUGCUAUGCUAUUGGGGAUGGGACGACCCCGGCGGGGAAUACGCAUUUGGUGUGUUUUGGGACGGAUGCGAAUCCUAUUCAGCCUGAGGAGGAUGUGCGGGAGACGUUGAGGGCGGUUGGGGAGUUGGCGCCGGGGGAGUUUGGGGUGAAGAGGUUGGUGUUUCAUAAUUGGGUGAAGGAUGAGUUUGCGAAGGGGGCGUGGUUCUUUUCUAGGCCAGGGAUGCUGGGUGAUUGUCUGGAGGGGCUGAGGGAGAGGAGUGGGGGUGUGGUGUUUGCGAAUUCGGAUUGGGCGUUGGGGUGGAGGAGUUUUAUUGAUGGGGCGAUUGAGGAGGGGACGAGGGCGGCGAGGGUGGUGGUCGAGGAGUUGAGGCCGGGGCGGGGGGUGAGGGCUUGUUUGUAG